AAAAUCACCGCUCCCAGUCUCACUCCUCCAAUUUUGGACUUUCUCCUCCGCCUGCCAACUGCGAAAAACUACCUCACACACUUUUCCCACACACAUCACAAUUUUCAAUUAUUAUUAUACUAUUCAAAAUAUUCCCUACCUUCCUUCCUUUCCAUUUGAAGAUUCCUCUAUCAAUUCCAACUCAGAGGGUUUUGCUUUGCUUUGCUUUGCUUUGCGUGUGUGGUAUAGCGAACAACACAGAAGAAGAUGGAAACGCCAACGCCAACGCCAACGCCAACGGCGACGACCGGUGACCGGAACAAGAUAGCGGUGAGGACGUCGAUUGUGGAGUCACUAAGCGGCUGCGGCCUCUCCGGCAUGCGUAUUGACAAGGAAGACUUGAAGAAGAAGCUCACUAUGCCUCCCUACCUCCGCCUCGCAAUGCGCGAUUCCAUCCGCCUUCAGGACUCCGCCGCCGGUGAAUCUCGCUACCUCACUCGCGAACAGGACGCCGCUGCUCCUCCUUCGCCCGUCGUCGUCUUUAUCAACUCUCGCAGUGGCGGCCGUCACGGUCCUGCUCUCAAGGAGAGGCUCCAGCAACUCAUCAGCGAAGAGCAGGUUUUUGACUUAUCAGAUGUGAAGCCUCAUGAAUUCGUGAAGUAUGGAUUGGGUUGCCUGGAGAUGCUGGCGGGUCUUGGUGAUUCCUGUGCCAAGGAAACUCGCCAAAGGGUUCGAGUUAUGGUUGCUGGAGGUGAUGGUACAGUUGGUUGGGUAUUAGGAUGUCUUACAGAUCUUCGCCUGCAAGGUCGAGAACCGGUUCCUCCGGUGGGGAUCAUACCACUUGGGACUGGCAAUGACCUGUCUAGGAGUUUUGGAUGGGGUGGUUCAUUUCCUUUUGCAUGGAAGUCAGCUGUUAAGAAAAUUCUACACCAGCUUACUACGGGGCCAAUUCAGCGUCUGGACAGUUGGCGAGUUUCACUUGCAAUGCCAGAAGGCACACCUGUGAAGCCACCACAUUGUUUGAAGCAUACAGAAGAAUUCACUCUUGAACAGGGCUUAGAGAUCGAGGGAGAGCUGCCUGAGAAACUUUCCAGUUUUGAAGGCGUGUACUAUAAUUACUUCAGCAUAGGAAUGGAUGCUCAAGUGGCUUAUGGCUUCCAUCAUCUACGUGAUGAAAAACCUUACCUUGCAAGUGGUCCGAUUACAAAUAAGAUUAUAUACUCUGGUUACAGUUGUACUCAGGGCUGGUUCUUCACACCUUGCACAAGUGAUCCAGGUCUAAGGGGACUUAAAAACAUUUUGCGGAUGCAUAUAAAAAAGGUAAAUUCCUCAGAGUGGGAGCCGAUCGCAGUUCCUAAAAGUGUAAGGGCUAUAGUUGCAUUGAAUCUUCAUAGCUAUGGAAGUGGAAGAAACCCAUGGGGUAAACCAAAACCAGAAUAUUUGGAAAAGAAAGGCUUUGUUGAAGCUGAUGUCGCUGAUGGGCUCUUGGAAAUAUUUGGCUUAAAGCAAGCAUGGCAUGCAUCGUUUGUCAUGGUUGAACUGAUCAGUGCGAAGCAUUUAGCUCAGGCAUCAGCUAUUCGAUUUGAACUCAGAGGUGGAGGCUGGAAAAACGCCUAUAUGCAAAUGGACGGAGAACCCUGGAAACAGCCACUAAGCAAGGACUUCUCGACAUUCGUGGAGAUAAAGAGGGAGCAUUUCCAGUCACUUGUGAUUAGUGGAAAGUAAUUAUUUUAGAUCUUUUAGAUGAUUGACUGGUGCAUAUAGCUGAGAUUCAUGAAAGGUUUGUGUAUUUAUGUAAUCUUAGGUGUUACAUGGAAGAAUUUGGUAUUGUAAAAAUCUUCCCAAUUUGUUAUUUCAGUGUGAAAAUCUAAUGGAGAGUGAUUCUUUGAUGGAAUUUGUGGAUGGCAUGUCUAUUAUGGAAUAAUUAUUGUGAAAAAUUCCUCCUCUUGACUUGUGAAGAAAUUCUAGUUGCCGUCA